UAUUCUUGGUGUUGAGUUGCAGCCAUUUUCUUUUUUUCACAGUCCACCUCUUGGCUGUCCCAAACAUUUAAAGGCUAUAAACUAUGUAUUUAUGGCCAUUUAUGUUUGCGAUUAGUGAAGGUUAAAUAGGGGAAAUCAACCCGGGAUAGUAGGUCAGUUCACAUCAGUUGAUGCAGUGCUCCUCCUCCUCUUUUGUACAUAAGAUGAUUUAUUGUGCUUACACUGUAAGGAUGUUCUGUGUAUAUAUGACCAUCUAAUCAAACAGCCACAUAUAUCUUUUUAAAGCUCACUUUCAAGUAGAAAAUGUGCAGUAAAUACUCAGAAUUCAUGACUGGACAUGCUCAUGCAUUUUGUUAAUGAGGCUAAUGUUUUAGUUGGUUCUGACCUUCCAUGUUAGGUCAAGUGUGCAGAACAUGUAACUGCAUCAUUUGAGGUGAGUUUACCCCCCCGGGACUGAUAGGUGUUUCAAGCAAAACAGCUCCUGUAAAUUAUAAUGUUUUAAUCAUCACUCAUAAACAUGAACACAGUUAUAUUUGAACAAGACCAUAAGGUUGCCAUGGGUAGGAUGUGUGUGAUUCCUCUUGGGAAUAACUAAUUAGGAGAUAUUCUUGGGGGUCUCAUUCAGUCAUGUGUUCUGAGACCGAAUGUAGUCAGGCAGUGGCCCCUAUGGGCUACCAUCUGUAAAACAAAGCUGGUGCUGCUCUGCAAAGCCAUAGUAUAUUUUUCUGUUGUUGUAAAGGCUAAGAAGUCAGACUUCCUUUUUUUUUUUUUUUUUUUUUUUUUUUUUUUUUGCGUUGCACCGCAGAAUACAAAUGGGUUUUUCUGUAAAUAAUGAGUUACUCGAGAAAACAUGCUGCACACACACACGCACACGCACACACACACACACACACACAGGCGCAUAAUGACACAAACACACACGCACCCGUUUACAGACACAACAAUGCACUCACGCAUGUUUGACACAUCCAGCCCUACCUCCACAAUUUUACAUUUCAUUCUCUGAGCUACUGUCCACUUAUUUCGUCGUUUCACUUGAUUUUUUUUUCUUCUUCUGCCGGAGCAGCUGAAGAAAAAUUUGCAGUCGGAGUUGUCCUCGGAUCGUGAGAUGUGAGCGUUGUUGUGUCUGUGGGUGACGGAGGGGAAAGGGGGGCGCUCUGCUCCUGCUCCGCUCCGCUUGGCUCAGUGCAGGACGCAAGGAGACAGUCGCUUUCCAAGGUGCUGAAAGUCGGUGCGCUCCCUUCCUCAGUCUCGCCUAUACUGACGAUGAAUGCGACCUGUGCCGAAAAAACGCAAAUCAAACAAUGAUUGGCUUCGAUCUCGUUUGGUUUUAUUUUUUAUACUCAAACUUCUGCUCUUCUGGAUUUUCAUUUUUCAUGCAACCGCCGGAUGUAUGCACACACAUGUGCGCAACAAGACUGACUGCUGCUUUCUAAUCACCUGCUUCGUUGGGAAAUAUUGAAAUGAAUUCUCAGGGAACGCUGUAGAGGAUUUUUCUAGUUGUUUUUCCUUUCUCUAUAUAUAUCUAUCUAUCUCUACCUCUCUCUCUCUCUUUUUUUUUUCUCUCGCUCUCUCGCUCUCGUUACCGCAUGCCUUUGGACGUGAACUGUGAUAUUGUCUCAAAAAAGCCCAUUUCCUCAAGCGAUGAUGAUCAUAAUGAUAAUGAAGUGCAGGACGGAUCCGGAGAGGAAACCGGGAGCCUAGGGAUGACAUCCACUCAGUCUUGUUGAAUGUGGAUAUCGAUGCCACGGCGAAGGAUGGGCCCUCUCCUCUCGGCCGCCUUCGUCCUCCUGCUGGCCCUGAGCGCCGUUUCUCCGGCCUCUGUUGGUAACCCCGAGGAUUACGCCGCGGACGAGGCGGAGCGGACCGCCAGUGAAAACAUCGUUUUCGAUGACUACCGGGGGAAAGGAUGCGUGGACGAUAGUGGUUUCGUCUACAAACUCGGGGAGCGCUUCUACCCGGGACACUCGAACUGUCCGUGCGUGUGCACGGAGGACGGGCCUGUGUGCGACCAGCCCGAGUGCCCUAAACUUCACCCCAAGUGCACCAAAGUGGAGCACAAUGGAUGCUGUCCCCAGUGCAAGGAGGUUAAAAACUUUUGCGAGUACCGGGGGAAAACUUAUAAAAUACUGGAAGAAUUCAAGGUGUUUCACCUACAGGGUUUCCCAUCAGAUGAGGAAGGGACCAGUCCGCCCAGCAUGGCUGCCGGCGUGCCUCUGGCCUCAGCGCAGCUGCAAUCAAGAACCAGGAGAUAUAGGCCGUCACCCUGUGAAUGGUGCCGCUGCGAACCAAAUAACGAGGUGCAUUGUGUGGUGUCCGACUGCGCCGUCCCAGAGUGUGUCAACCCUGUGUACGAACCGGAGCAAUGCUGCCCCAUCUGUAAAAACGGUCCAAAUUGCUUUGCUGGAACAACGAUCAUCCCAGCCGGAAUUGAAGUAAAGGUGGACGACUGCACCAUCUGCCGCUGCCACAACGGAGACUGGUGGAAGCCGGCGCAGUGCUUGAGGCGGGAGUGUCUCAACGGCCAGUCGUUGUCAUAGAGAGACUCCACCGGGGAUGGUGGAAAAGCUCAGGCAAGGCCCUGCCUACUGCACCAUUUUGUAUGAUUGACAGGGCAGGAGCACAAUUCCUAAGCAAACCUGAGACAGCAUAGUAUCGAAGAGAUGCUCCCACAAGCUUCACACAAAUAAACUUUAAGCCACUGGGAAGAAGACGGAACUUGUCUUAUGGCUGUUUCCACUCUCCAAUUUUAAUCGUCCUAUAUAUUUUCAGAAGUUGACUUGCUUGACUUGCUGCUCUCACACGAAAAAGUUUCUAAGCUCCUUGAACACUUUCCUAACCAUUGGCAAUGUUGAAUUGAAAUUAUGUUGAUUUCUGUACGUAUGUCAUCUUGCUUGUUGUACCCGUCUGUCACAGUCACGCAGGUGUUGUAAAAUUCCAACAGCAGGAAAAAAAAACAAACCGUAAGCACACUUAACAGCGCUUUUUGUUUGUCGUACGAAGACUGACACCGGUGGAAAGCACCGCGAAUGCGUGUGCUUGAGUUUCACAACUUCACUCAAAGAGCUUGUUUACAAGAUGCACAUCACACAUAAAUGUUUGUGUCUUCAUAAGACUUUUUAUCGCUAUUGCAGGAACUCACCUUUAACACUUUAGAUGAUGCUACUGUCAAUUUUAUAAACUGCUAUAAACCCCCAGAACACUGAGUUUAUUGAUCAAUAUACAAUGGUUUUGAAUCAUGUGUCUAUAUAGUAGCAGCACAGGCAGGGUAAGUUGGAUAAUGUCGAUUUAGCAGGUGUAAGCCAGCAACUAUGAGAAGGAUGGAUGUACAAUUCUGCACCAAAAUAACAACUAUGGGCAACCCCACUCUGGCUUAAUUGCCAUCAUUGUUUUCUUUCAGAGGUCCAUAUCCUCCAAAAUAUUCCCACUAACUAACUGCUUGAACUUGUUAUCAAAGCAAUUAGCAAGCCAAGAGCAGCCUGCUUUAAUUUCCCUUAAUCAAAGAGUAUUCUUUGAUAAAUCAUCCAGCUGGGUGCUUCGCGCUGCCGCAGCCUGCAUGCUGGGCACACUCAACGAGAACCAGCAGACAAAAGGAGGGAAUCUGCAUACGUCUAAAUGCUUUUAAGCAGCAUUCACAUGCACAUUGUCCAUGUGAGCGUACACGAGCACGCGGUUCACCCCACAAUCUCAGAGCCACAGUGUGUUGAUCUGCACCUACCCGAGCACUUAAACCUAUAAUGCUGUUACAUUAUACCACUGCUAGGUAUUAUAUUUUCAGGUUGCUCCACGCCUCCACAUGUUAGAAUAGCUCUUUUAAUACGGUGUGGCUAUGGCCAAGGCUAUACCAGAGACAAGCUGAAGUAUUGCACUGAUAUUUUCCCAUACCAGAGUGAUCCUCAAGUGGUCCGGUCUAAAAGGAAAAAAAAAGCACCCAACCAGGUCUAAAACACAAUAUUUUUGAGAUGAUAAAUACGAGUCAUUAAUUCAAAGGUGAAUUCCAGUAAGCUCAUGCCAUUCAUCACUAGAAUUUUUUCCAUUUCCAGAAAAUCCGUUCCCGUUAACCUUUUAGACCCUAUUCCUGGGCGGUGAUGGAUGGUCUGCUUAAUAGCAGCUCCCAGCACUCUGUAAUGAGACAGAAAUGAACAUAGGAUAAAGAUCAAUGACUAAAGAGGUAGAUUACCUUAAAAGGCACUAAAACUCAUUUUUUUGGGGGGGAAAAAAAUCUCAUAUUCCACAAAGUAAUGCAGCGGGCAUUAGUGUUAAGUUGCGGCACGUGGGUGAUGGAGGAAUCACAGAAUUGAAAGAGCGUGGGUGGAGUUCAAUCUUAGGUGCAACAAUGGAGUUUGGGUCAUUUUCAUCAUUAAGCUACAGUGAUUUAGUAUCUUUCAGUGUGAAAAGACAGACCUCAUCUAUCUGGCUUGAGGUCUGCAGACUCAUAAAGCAAAACUGACAUCUAUGGUUUAUCAAUUACAGACUCAGUGCUCCAGACAUUUUAGGAUUAAUAAAAUGAGUGUCAUUCAUCCUAAUUACUUUAAAUGCCAAAUAAUUAUUCAGCCCGAACAUGACUCCAAAAAAAAAAAAUAUAUUGGAAUUACUUCACGCAGACAGAGAGAGACUUGAGAGUGUGUCAGUUGACAGGGCUCAGAGGCAUUGCUGCCACCACCGAUGCCUUAUUGCUGCUGUUCCAGAUAAGAUUCACAAAGCAUGGCCUUUUUGAUUCUUUGUUCACGCUGCUUGGUGCAGUGAUUUAACGAUAUAGACAAAAUUAGUUUGUUGUUUUACCCUCCCACAUUCCAACAAGGUGAAUUAGUAGGAGUACAAGGAACAACGAUCAAAGCUGUAAAAAAUAACACAAAUACAGUGUUGAUAGAAGUAAAUGCAGAAGCAGCAAAAGUGGAGGAUAUACUUUAAGUAUCGAGACAACUUCUGACAAUGUGACAUUGCAACUCAUUGUAGUGCAUUGUAGUACAAUUUCCUUCCAUGCUUCUGAAGGGCAGUGCAUUUGUUAAACUAUACUGGGGUGCCACGGCUGCCAUCAUCAUCUAGAUGUGAAUGUAGGAGUGUGAACGGUGAAGUUUUUGUCAACAGAACCCUCCAAAAUAAGAUCCUAAGAGCUGAGUUGUAAUCCAAAGCUGCAGGUGGGAAGCAAAGGGGG